AUGGUGUGUGUCAGAAAACGAGAUGGAUUCCUACGUCUAUGCAUAGACUACAGGAAGCUCAACCAGAAGACGAUCAGUGACCAGCAGCCGAUCCCUAGAAUACAAGAUGCACUCAAUGGCCUGAAAGGAAAGUCUUGGUACACGCUACUUGACCAGGGAAAAGCCUAUCAUCAGGCAUAUGUGAAGGAAGAAUGUAAACCUCUCACAGCCUUUGAGACUCCAUGGGGCCAUUACGAGUGGAAUCGGAUACCGUUUGGAUUGUUAGGAGCACCUGGCCAAUUCCAAAGAUUAAUGGAGGAGACCCUAGGAGACUUGCGAGACACCUGCUGCUGUCCUUAUCUGGAUGAUAUCCUUGUAGUCUCGGGAUCUUUUGAGCAACACCUGGAAGAUUACGGGAGUGAUGCAUCAGUAUUACCAGAAGAAGCCAUCAUUACACAGUUGCAUAACGGGUUGUCUCAAGAGAAAAUAAAGAAAGCUCAAGAAAAGGAUAGUGUAAUGAAGCCAGUUCUAAGAUACAAGAUCAUGAAGAAAAGACUAAAGAUGGAUGAAUCAAGUUCCCUAAAUCUGUCCAUUGAUGAGAGAAUAAACGAAAAGGUGAAGACGGUAGCAGAGAAAAUCUUCAACGAUUUCAUCAUGAGGUUUGGAUAUCCAAUACAUCUCCAUCACGACCAAGGCGGAGAGUUUGAGAAUAAGAUCCUCUAUGAACUUCAGAAACUAAGUGGUAUUCAGAAGUGCAGGACGACCAGCUAUCAUCCUCAGGGGAAUGGAAAAGUCGAGAGGACAGAGAAGAACCAGGAGAGGCUACUGACUUUGAAACUGCAAGUGAAUACAAUUUUGAAUCAGAGUCUGAUUCUGACCAAGACUUACCGCAAGAAGCUGUGGAUCAAGAUGGAGAUGGAACGAGACAAAUUGAUGGAACUGAGGCUGCUACUGCACCACCUGAUGCAUCAGGAGAAGUUCCUCCUCGUAGUGCAAGGAUCCGUCGACCCCCAGCACAGCUGA